AUGAACGAGUCCACAGGAAAACCUAGCCACGAUAUGUCAUCUUGGGUGAGGAAGGGUACCGAGGACAACCCGCCGAGCAACGCCGGGGGGCUGUCCCGGUACGAGGAGAACAUGACGACCCCCACCACCACCUCGACCGAAACCACCACCGUAGCCAUGGAGGGCAACACGCAAACGUCCAACAACGUAGCUCCGGUGAAAUCUACUGAUAUGAGCAGCCGCAGGGUACAGUGGUAUCACCGAAAGCAGCCCUUGGUUCCUUCGACGUCCUCCGAUCACGUGGGGCUAGACUCCGUUUUCAACUUUGGGAAGACCCAGGCAAAGCCUCAAGGCAUCGCGGCAGACGAGACGGAGACAUCGGUGCAACAGGACACGUCCUCCUGCGCUACAGAAUCCAAAGGAGCGGCAGCCGCCGACCUUACUUCGAAACCCGAUCACGGGGGAUUGGCGCCCUCAACGAGCGACGAGAUGCGGACGGCAGCUAUGUCGACUCCUACAGGACAGCGAGGCUCAAACGAGCACGCGCCCUCGGAAGUCGCAGACAUCUACAAGGCCCUCGAGACGCUGACGCACUCUCAGACCAACCAAACCACAAGACAGGAGUCGAUAAAACCCUUCCCCACGUUUGUCGUAGGUGCGGAGGCAUCAUUUUCCAAUUCCCUCAAGUGGUUCCCGGCGCACGUCGGGGAGCUUGGCACUAACAACAACAACAGCCACGACAACAAUGACAGCAACAAUGUCAACGGACGAAGACACACCGAAACCCCGCCCACGAGCGCGCCCACCUCUUCGCGGGGCAGCUUACCCGCCGCGACGCGGUCACCCAGAGGGCAACCGCCGCUGUUGUGCCGGACCCCAGCUGAGGAGUGA